AUGGUCUUUGUUCUCGUCACAGGGGCCUCUGGGUUUGUAGGCUCCCAUGUUGUAGACCAAUUGCUCGAAGCCGGACAUAAAGUAAGGGGGAUCGCUCGACCAAGUAAAGCGGACCGUCUUCUCGCCGCGUACAGUGUCGAGAAGGACGAAGGCCGGUUUGAACUUUGCACGAUAGAGGAUAUCUCAAGCUCUGAUAUGACUGCAGCAUUUGACGGUACAGUUGUCCUUCUUUCAUCCGACGGUAAUGAUCAAGGCAUAGAGGCGUUGAUGCACGUAGCAUCUCCCCUGCCGUUUAGCCAGGGUGCCGAUGUCAUACUCAAAGGUGCGAUCGAGGGCACGACUAGAGUUCUAGAAUUUGCCGCGAAGACAGGAACGGUAAAGAAGGCAGUUGUCACUUCGAGUGUGGCCGCGGUUGUACAUCCUCAUGCAAUCUGGAAGGAAGCGGUAUUAGACGAUCAAGACUUCAGCAACUUGACCUACGAAGAUGCCACCAGACCUGGUGCAGAACCUCGUAUGGUUUACCCCACAUCGAAGUCACUCUCAGAGAAAGCUGUCCUUGAGUUUGCUAAGGCCCACCCCGAAAUUGAAAUAUCUACGGUUCACCCGGCAUACAUAUACGGGCCUACCGGACGCGGACAAGUUCUUGACGCCCCAGCGGAUGGCACUAAUGACGCCAUUUAUUCUCUCUUCAAGAACCCACCAGGUGCUCGCCAACCUCUGCCGCCAGCCAAGUCUAUGUACAGACCUUCUUACAUCCAUGUCUCCGCCGUCGCUCGCGCACAUGUUCUGCUUCUUACACCCCCUGCCUCGUUGCCCUCCUCGUCGCCUGGGGAAGUCAAGCGUGUGGUAUUGAAAGCCAAAACGAUGCACUGGAAAGAUGCUGUUGAGUAUCUUGCAGAGACAAGGCCCGAGCUUAGAGAUAGACUGCUUGAGGUUCCCGAAGGAUGGGAAUACCCAGAGGCAUGGGCGAAGUUCAGUGGGAAGAGUGCGGAGCGAUGGAUUGGGAUGAAGGAUGAGGAUUACAAGGAGUGGAAGGAGACGUUGGACGAGACAGUUGAUGCUAUUUUGAAGAGGGAGAAGGCCUUAGGAAUUAAUGUUACGUCGUCCUAG